AAUAGAUUCAGGGGCUAAGAUGGAGGUCGAUACUACACCUGUCGACAAGUCGAGCAAGACGAAAUUCGACAAUGACGCCCGUGUUGUCAAGCGAACUAGAACGGAACUCGUUUCGAAAGAAGAGCGAGAGAAACGUCGGCGACUAAAGGAGGCGCAACGAGACUACGGGCGAGGGAAAAAAGUCAAUGUUAAGGGAAUUAAGGAUAAGAAACUGCGAAGCAAUCUCAAGUCCCUUGAAAACAAAUAUCAAGAGGCUACGAUUAAGGCGAAAGAUGCCGAAAUACUUCUCGAGAAUACCAGCGGUUUCUUAGAGCCCGAACACGAAUUGGAACGAACAUACAGAGUGCGACAGGAUGAUAUACAGGACGAAGUCUCUGCCGAGUCAGCAAAGAAGCGAUUCGAACUGAAACUUGAUCAAUUUGGACCCUACGUUUUCGAGUAUUCGCGAACCGGCCGAGAGUUAUUGCUAGGAGGACGUAGAGGUCAUGUUGCUACUAUGGAUUGGCGCGAAGGAAAACUCGGAUGCGAACUUCAACUUAGAGAAACCGUCCGAGACGUACAGUGGCUUCAUAAUAACCAGUUUUUUGCUGUGGCGCAGAAGAAGCACGUUUACAUAUAUGACCGUCAAGGAGUCGAAGUCCAUUGUUUGAGGAAACACCAAGAAGUGACCCAUAUGGAAUUCUUACCAUACCAUUUCCUAUUGGCAACUUUGGGCAUGUCUGGCUUCCUCAAAUAUCAAGACGUAUCUACCGGUCAACUCGUGACAGAAAUACCAACAAAACUUGGGGCCCCGGUCUCUCUCGCCCAAAAUCCUUACAACGCAGUCUUGCAUACUGGACACCAAAAUGGGACUGUCACAUUGUGGUCUCCGAACUCCCCCGAGCCGUUGGUGAAGCUGUUAGCGCACAAAGGACCUGUCCGAUCUUUGGCUAUUGAUAGAGAAGGUAGAUACAUGGUAUCGGCGGGACAAGACUGUAAGAUGGCUGUAUGGGAUAUAAGAAUGUUCAAGGAGGUCAACAACUACUUUACGCGCCAGCCGGCCUCAUCUAUUGCAAUAUCAGAUCGAGGGUUGACUGCAGUAGGGUGGGGAACGAAAACGACCAUUUGGAAGGGCCUCUAUUCAAAGCAUGCAGCCGAGCAGGAAAAGGUCCAAAGUCCGUACAUGGCUUGGGGCGGUGAAGGGAAGCGCAUCGAACGCGUUCGCUGGUGUCCAUUCGAGGAUAUUCUCGGAUUGGGCCAUGACGAGGGCUUUUCGUCGAUCAUUGUACCAGGUGCAGGAGAACCCAACUUUGAUGCUCUCGAAGUAAAUCCAUUCGAGACUGCCAAACAGCGACAAGAAACCGAGGUCAAGUCGCUGCUGAACAAGUUGCAGCCCGAGAUGAUCGCGUUGGAUCCGAACUUUAUCGGAAAUCUGGAUCUACGUUCCGAUAAGCAGCGCCAAGCGGAGAAAGAUCUCGACGCUAAACCAGUGGAUAUCGAAACAGAAAUUAGAAACAGGGCUCGCGGGAAGAACAGUGCACUACGGAAAUACCUGAGAAAGCAGCGAGCCAAGAAUAUCAUCGAUGACAAGCGGCUGAAGGUUGAAGAACUCUGGAAGGAACAGCUUCAACAGCGGGAGCAGAAGCAAAAGGAGAAGGAGGUUGAGCUUGGCCCGGCUCUAGCAAGAUUCGCUAAGAGAGACUAAGCAGAAUAUAACACGAGUUUGGGGGUGACCAAUCCAACUUUGGGUUGUCGCCUUAAUGUGCCAUAUAUUGACUUCUUAGUUGGCGUUUUGAUUCUGAAGAGUUGGGUGAAACAAAGGAGAAUAUCAACGUGGCUUGAUGGUAGAGGGACCUAUGUUUAUACCCAUAGUUGUGAUGCAUUGCUGAAAUUCAUAUCGAAUACUUAUGUCUACCUCUUGU